AUGGAUGGAGGAGAUGGUACUGCUGAUCUGGUGAUUAACAAGAGGUUUGUGUCUGAGGCGGAGCUAGAGGAGCGACGAAAGAGAAGGCAGGAGGAAUGGGAAAAGGUCCGAAAACCUGAGGACCCAAAAGAAUGCCCAGAGGAGGCGUAUGACCCACGUUCGUUGUAUGAGAGGCUUCAGGAACAGAGAGAAAAGAAGCAGCAGGAGUUUGAGGAGCAGUUUAAAUUCAAAAACAUGGUGAGAGGCUUAGAUGAAGAUGAGACGCAUUUCCUUGAUGAAGUUUCUCGGCAGCAAGAGCUACUAGAAAAGCAACGAAGAGAAGAGGAGCUGAAAGAACUAAACGAAUAUAGAAUAUCCUUUGUGUUAAACACUCUCACCAAAGUGGGAGUCAGCAUGGACCCAAAGAAGGAAACUGAGAAGAAAUUGCCCAUGAAGUCAGUGGAAAACAAGAACAAAUUCUCUCAGGCAAAGCUGUUGGCAGGAGCUGUGAAACACAGAAGUUCAGAUGGUGGUAACAGCGUGAAGAGGUUGAAACUAGAUACUGAUCAUGAUGAAAAGAGUCAAGAAAAACCGUCCUGUGUUCCCCUGGGGAGCAGCUCCGUGGGAGGCUCCACGGUCCACUGUCCCUCAGCAGCCGUCUGCAUUGGGAUCCUGCCUGGCCUGGGCGCCUACUCGGGAAGCAGCGAUUCCGAGUCCAGCUCGGAUAGCGAAGGCACUAUCAAUUCCACUGGCAAGAUCGUCUCUUCUGUCUUUCGUGGCAACAGUUUCUUCGAUGGUCCAUAAGGAAAUCCCUCCGUGUGUAAUGUAGUGCAGAGUAUCUUCCAAAGCCCUGACGGAUGCUUGAUGCAUCCUUCUGCCCCACAUAGAAUCUUUCUAGCUAACCUCCCAACUUUAAUACACCCAGAUACUCCUAAAAUGACUCCUUAUAUUUCUUUCCCCUCCCAACUUUCCAUUUCUGGGGUGCAUACUGAGCCUGGAAGAAAGGCUGCCAUCCGAAAUGAGAAGGCACACCUAAUAAUGUAGUGAAGGUCUGAGGGUCAGGAGGAGAGAGCUUUAUCUUUUAAAAUUCUUACGGAAAGAAAGAAUUCUGGUGAUUUAAGAAGUUUAUACAAGACUAACAGGCAAAAAAUACUCACUUGAAGCAGUGAAGUCUUGUAGAAACAGCCAUGUGUUCCGUUUUAAAAUGUCAUUUUUAUUCUGUAUUUGAGAAAUGGGGGCAGAACAAAAAUCAGACAGAUGGUGAAGUGUAGAUUGCCAUGACACUGUAAAGAAGUUUUAGUGUUACUUGAUUAAAGACGUUCUGAA